AACGUGGCGCAUCUCUAUUAACCUAAAAUUUUACCGCUGCUUACUUGUUUGUGUGUCAAUUUAUGUUUAUUUUAGAAAAGAAGAGAUAUUUUUCUUGCCGUAAAUGAAAUGAUAAUUUGAGAAUAAGGAGCUAAAAUGACUACAAAUCCUAGAAAGGGCACUGACCAAGCGCCUAUCGAAGAAAGUGACCAGCUUACUAUACGUCCUUUAGGUGCUGGCCAAGAAGUAGGAAGAUCAUGUAUCAUGUUGGAAUUCAAAGGAAAAAAGAUUAUGUUGGACUGUGGUAUUCAUCCUGGCCUUUCAGGAAUGGAUGCUCUGCCUUUUGUGGAUUUGAUAGAAGCUGAUGAAGUUGACUUGCUUCUGAUAUCACAUUUCCAUUUGGACCACAGUGGCGCCCUCCCCUGGUUCUUAACAAAGACCUCUUUCAAGGGCAGAGUGUUCAUGACACAUGCCACAAAAGCCAUUUACAGGUGGCUGGUCUCCGAUUAUAUCAAAGUCAGCAACAUAUCAACGGAACAAAUGUUGUACACGGAGUCUGACUUGGAGGGUUCAAUGGACCGCAUAGAGACUAUCAACUUCCACGAGGAGAAGGAUGUCCGCGGCGUGCGCUUCUGGGCGUACAACGCGGGUCACGUGCUCGGUGCAGCCAUGUUUAUGAUAGAAAUCGCUGGAGUGAAGAUUCUUUAUACUGGAGACUUCUCAAGACAGGAAGAUCGUCAUCUAAUGGCUGCUGAGAUUCCAACAGUACAUCCGGACGUGCUCAUUACAGAGUCAACAUACGGCACGCACAUACACGAGAAGCGCGAGGAGCGGGAGAGCAGGUUCACGGGGCUGGUGAACGACAUAGUGACGCGCGGCGGACGCUGCCUCAUCCCCGUGUUCGCGCUCGGCCGCGCGCAGGAGCUGCUGCUCAUACUCGACGAGUACUGGUCGCUGCACCCCGAGCUGCAGGACAUCCCCAUCUACUACGCCUCCUCGCUGGCCAAGAAGUGCAUGGCGGUGUACCAGACCUACGUGAACGCCAUGAACGACCGCAUCCGCAGGCAGAUCGCCGUCAACAACCCCUUCGUCUUCCGACACAUCUCCAACCUCAAGGGCAUCGAUCACUUCGAGGACAUCGGUCCGUGUGUGAUCAUGGCGUCGCCAGGCAUGAUGCAGUCCGGGCUGUCGCGUGAGCUCUUCGAGUCCUGGUGCACGGACCCCAAGAACGGUGUCAUCAUUGCAGGGUACUGCGUGGAGGGCACGUUGGCGAAGACGAUCCUGUCGGAGCCGGAGGAGAUCACCUCGAUGUCGGGACAGAAGCUGCCGCUGAAGAUGUCGGUGGACUACAUCUCCUUCUCCGCGCACACUGACUACCAGCAGACCUCAGAGUUCAUCAACAUACUGAAGCCGCCGCACGUCGUCCUGGUGCACGGGGAGCAGAACGAGAUGUCUCGGCUGCGCGGGGCGCUGCAGCGCGAGCACCGCGGCCGGCUGCUGGUGCACACGCCCCGCAACACGCAGCUCCUCACCCUCGCCUUCCGCGGAGACAGGACCGCCAAGGUCAUGGGCUCGCUGGCCAUGGACCCGCCGCUGCCGGGCCGCCCGCUGCAGGGCGUGCUCGUCAAGCGCAACUUCAACUACCACAUCCUCGCCCCCGCCGACCUCAACAAGUACACGGAGCUGACGCAGUCGGAGGUGACGCAGCGCCAGUCCAUCCACUUCGGCGGCACGCCCGCGCUGCUCCGCCACGCCGUGCUGCAGCUCGCCGGGCACGUCGACUUCCUCAGCGACACGCGCUGGAGGCUCUACGGCUGCCUCGACCUCACCCUCGACCCGCCCGUCGUCACGCUGGAGUGGCAGGCGCAGCCGGUGACCGACAUGUACGCGGACGCGGUGGCGGCUGCAGUGCUGGCCGCCGCCGCUCUGCCCGCGCCCCGCCUCGCACCUCUAGCACCCAAACUCGACCGCAUGCACUUCAAGGAGUGCGCGAUAGAAAUGCUGCAGGAGAUGUUUGGAGAGGAGGCGGUGCCCAAGAUUUUCAAGGGCGACAAGCUGCAGCUCACGGUCGCCGGCAAGCGCGUCGAUAUCGACCUUCUCACGCUCGUAAGCACGAACAAAAUAAAUGUUAUAUUGAAGAGUGCAGGUUUUAAUCAGGGAAAAUUAAAAGACACCAAAACGACUUGUUAUGUGUAA